GCUUUCAAAGCGAAACACUAACAUGUCUAACAAAAUUGUUAUACUUUUACUCACAUUUUAUCAAGUCCUGGAGGCAGAGGCAUGUGUUCUAAGGUCGACAGCCGUGGCAACUCCUUUAAACAACUCUAAUGACACAAGCGAUUGCUUGAUAAAACUCGCCUGCGCAACGACGGACGACAACAACGUCAUCAGCAUAGCAACCAGUCUGUACGACGUUCAGUAUGAAAAUCAGUGGAACAACUACAGCGACACCAUGCUCGCCAAAUGUGCAUGGUCCUGCAGAACUGUCGACCAGUGCGUUGGGUUCAACUUCAGAAACAGCAGGACAGCAAGCGGUGAUGGCAUAUUCUGCCACUUGUUCCUCACCAGGCCGAUUCUGUACCUCUCAAAUGAUGACUGCGUCUUCUACCAGGAAAUAAAAAGAAACGACACAAGUGCCAACCAGUUUGUUGUUAAUUCAGUUUCGAACAGUGAAGAAAUAUUGACAACUGUGGUUAUGAGACAUUUGAAAACUGUAGACAGCUUAACGAAGUUUAGAAAGUUGGACACAUGCAAAGAUGAAAGCGAUCAGACGACACGGCGCGUCAGAUGUUCAGACUUGAAGUUUUUCAAUCGUACAAAAGUUGAAGAACGAUGCGAAAGAUAUUUAGAAAAUAACUUUUGGACUCCAAUACAACGACGUAUGGAUGGUUCAAUUAACUUUUAUAGAAACUGGACAGACUACCAGUUGGGAUUUGGCAACAAAGGAGGAGAAUUCUGGAUCGGUAACAACAAGCUGCACGAAUUAACGUCCAAAAACAAUUACAAAUUACUCGUGGUUAUGGAAGAUUUUGAAAAAAUUGUGCGCUGUGCAUUGUACAGCACUUUCAGCGUUGGUCCUCCGGAGUCCAAUUACAAACUGACUGUUGGAGGCUACUCAGGAGAUGCAGGUGAUUCUUUCAGUCAACACAACAAUCUGCAGUUCAGCACUUAUGACGCCGAUCACGACACCUAUGGUCAAAAUUGCGCGGUGGAAUUUAAAGGGGCCUGGUGGUACGGUGCCUGCCAUCAUUCCAAUCUCAACGGCGUUUAUUUGAAAGGAGUUCAUACAACGCAUGCCGAUGGCGUCAAUUGGUUGGCCUUCAAGGGCCACAAAUAUUCACUCAAGUUUACUGAGAUGAAAAUUGCUAUUGUUUAAUUUUUAAAUUAUUUCUAAUACGAUAAACUUAUCUCAAAAUAAAUUUUGUUUUAUUUUUUUAAUCGUUUUGUAUCAAAAGUGUUUACAAAAUUAAACUGAGUCUCUAAA